UUGACGCAAUAACUGAGCUGUACUCAAUCGGAACUGUGUUUGUAUUACUAAACGACGUCAUGUCAUACACAUAUACCAUACAUCGCCACUGAAUAUCUCGACAGAUGCGGGUGCAAGUGACCACUCACUGUAUAUAGAGGCGUACAUAGGCGUGACAGAACACAACGAUCGUGGGUCCGAAUCGAUAUCCAAGUUUAUGUUUCUUGGUUUGUCAGCACGUGGGAUUCACCGAAGAAAUAAACAUCAAAGUUGACAUGCCAUGAUGUAAUAUAGAUACUGUGUCUAACACGGCGUUAAACAAACUGUUACUCACUCACUCUAAAACUCUAAAUAAACCUGCAAUCAUAUGACAGAGACUGACUCCGCUAUAUUUAGCCACUCCUGAACUAGUUUAAAGCGACUGAUAAGAAUGUAAACACGACCUUGUAUAUUACUUCCGUGUUGAGCUACCCGGUCACACAUGACGACUGUAACAACGAUUUUUGUCUAACAAACUGAGGCCUCAUCAAGAAUGUGUCUCACCAAGGUACCAGACAACACGCAUAAUGAAAAUAGCUGCUGCAACUAUAUUUUAUGUGAUUGCAGGUGUUGUGUCAGGUGCACCCAGUGCCAGUCCAGUGUCGUCUCCAGUGUCUGACACGGCCAGGUUCAGCUGGGAGAUUCCACAGGGCGGUCUGGGGUCAGGUACUGGUUUCUACGCUGUCAGUCCUGCUGGUGAUGCGGCCGUGUUCGUAGUGACAAGUUCUCUGACAGUUGUUAUCUUGCCCAACUACAGAGGCAGACUGGAGUACCAGGGGAACAUAGCAGCCAGGAAUGUCACCUUCACCCUCAGCAACAUCCAGACAUCAGAUGCAGGGACAUACACGUGUGGGAACGGAGGGGCUACUAUUGUGAUACAGAACUGUGGACAGAAACUUGUUGUUUUGGGCAAGCCCACCACUCCUGGUCGUCCAGUGUCAACAACUCCUGUCUACAACCAGACAGUGACCUUGACCUGCAGCUCCACCUCUACCACUGUCCCAGCUGACCAUGGUCUGACCUUGACCUACACCUGGCAGCGUGACAACACUGACAUCACAGUUACCUCUCCUGGUCCCCCCUACAUCUUCACAGUGAGUUCCCGGGACAGUCACAGCUACAGAUGCAGGGCCAGAGAAAGUCAGGGUCUGGAGUCAGAGUGGAGCCAGGGGUACAACAUGGAGCCACAGUACGGGCCCUACCAGAUCUACCUGACUCCCUCCACCUCCUCCUACACUGUGACAGAACACCAGACUCUUCCAUCAAUCACGUGUUCCGCCCUCUGUAGACCCGGCUGUAGCUACAGGUGGUUACACAAUGGAACAGUCUUCAGCAGUGGAGCCACUCUGAGUCUAGGACAAGCUGACAGAUCUAAGACAGGCUCCUACAGAUGUCAGCCUUCUAAUACACACGGGAGUAGUGGCAGUGUUACAGUCAGUGUUGAUGUUCAGUAUCCCGCCACUGUGAGUAUGUUUACUGUCAACUCUCUCGGUGGUUCAGUGACAGUUAAUGAAUCAGAUCCAGUGACCUUGAGAUGCCAGGUUGAUAGUAAUCCGAGGUCAGUCAUCAGGUUGCUGAAUGGAACGGAGGAGUUGACAAGGGCAGAUAACUCCAUGACAGCAGAAUAUAGACUGGAGUCAGCAGACUGUAGACAAAGAGGGAACUACUCCUGUACAGCCACUAACAACAUCGGGGCACCUGUCAGCCAGAGGGUGGAGUUGCUGGUCAAAUGUUCUCCUCGGCUUGAGGAGACAGCUGCCCAGCAACUCAAAUACGCCGCUAGACUGGCCGGUAACGUGAACGUGUCUGUGUCAGUCCUGGCCUACCCCCUUCCUACAUUCACCUGGAGUAGAACCACAAGCACUAGCCAAGACCUCACUGGUUCCUCCAGCCCUGUCUCAGACAUCUCGGUCACUGCCAGACUACAUCUUACUAACCUCCAACAGCAGGACUUCGGGGACUACAGUCUGACAGCCAAUAACGGUGAAGGCGGUUUAGUGACUUACACAGUCAGCGUAGUGUCUGAAGGGCCACCACAGAUACCUACACAGUUUAGAGAUCUGGAUAAUGCAACAACGUCGUCGGUAUGGUUAUCCUGGCUGCCUGGGUUCAAUGGUGGAAACCCUCAGACGUUUCUGCUUGAGUAUCUCAAGUUUGAAUCAAGAACUUGGACUGUCUACAAGACCUAUGCAGACACCGGCAAGAUGAUGGUGGUGGAAGUGACUGGGCUUACACGGGGAGAUAUUCACAUAUUUCGACUACAUGCUAGAAAUGACUAUAUGGAUUCUAACAGAUAUGUAUUAGUAGAAACUAGGACUGCUGGAGAUCCACCAAAUCAGCAAAACCUUGAAACUCCAUGUUCGUGUACAGGGGUGAUAGCAGGAUCCACAGUUGGGACCCUUCUUCUUACUUUGCUCAUCGGGGGAAUUGUUCUGAUGGUACUGUACAGAAAGGUAUACAAGCCUAGGCUCGGACAUAUUCUGAAAGAAACUUCAUUACGAAAAAGCACCAGGAAUCCUGAAACUGUAGAAAUGGACAACAGAGGGUAUUCAUCACUAGCGGAUGCUGCAGCAGAUACAAGUACCUAUGAAGGCAUGGCAGAGACUCCCCCUGUGACCUAUGAGUCCAUCAAACCAUCUCCAUACCAGAACACUGGAGCACAUUCUCAAGGUCCGGACAAUGGAAAUAAGUAACGAAGAAGGAAUUCAUUAUUGUAUCACUUCCAGUAACAGACCAAGGAACGCAGCAUAUUAGAUUUCAAAACAUUUUUAGACCAAUGAAGAUCCGGCGUAGAAUAGGUCUUCAGCAAACCAGGAUCGUCCAAACAGACAACUCUCCAUUGUGGUAGAAGGCGGCUAACGGGAUCGGGUGGUCAGGAUCGGUGACUUGG